CUGGCCGUAUUAUAUUUUUUAAAGUUCGAUGACCGCCCGGAAGCAUUGUGGUCCGUCAUUUUUUUGGUCUAAAGAAUUUAGAAACUGCAAAUCGUUGCAAAUUUUACAAUUAUUUGGUGUUUAAGUGUUUUUUUUUGUUUCGUUUAUUAGUUUUGUGUAAGAAGAGUUUCGUGACUUGUUAUAAAAAACGAAUAUGUCUGGAGAACCUGAAGUAGCCCAUACACCCGAAGAGGAUACAGAGGAAGAAGAAAUCAAAUCCUCAUAUAAGCCACCUCCAGAGAAGACCAUAGAGGAGAUCCUUGCUGCUGACCAAGAGGAUGAGUCCCUUCGGAAGUACAAGGAAGCACUGCUUGGACAAGCCCAAGCAGGCGCGGUCAUUGUUGAACCGGAUGAUCCUCGCAAAGUGAUAGUCAAGAAGCUAGCAUUGUGUGUGGUUGGGCGCGAUGAUGUCGAGCUGGAUCUCACUGGGGACUUGACCGACCUCAAAAAGCAGGUAUUCGUGAUAAAGGAGGGUGUACAAUACCGAAUAAGGAUCGAUUUUAUCGUGCAGCGCGAGAUCGUGCACGGUCUGAAGUACGUGCAGAAGACCUACAGACUGGGCGUUCCAGUGCCCGUUGACAAGAUGACUCAUAUGGUCGGCUCCUAUCCCCCCAAAACUGAGAUUCAGUCUUACACAACGCCCCCCGAGGAUGCACCUUCCGGGAUGAUGGCGCGAGGGUCGUACAGCGUCAACAGCCUCUUCACCGACGACGACAAGAACGUCCACCUCCAGUGGGAGUGGAGCUUCGAAAUCAAGAAGGACUGGAAAGACUAAGCUUGGCUUUACAUUCGAAGAUCGACUGGGUUGGACGUGGCUGUUUGGUUGCGAUUCCGGUGCUCGCGUUUAAAACAAAUUAAAAUACUUUUCCAUUUUAUUCGUUUCACCAUUCAAUCGAAGUAGGUUACAUACAUACCUAGUAGUUUAUUUUGCAUUUAGUGAAAUCUAGAUUAGCUUAACGUACAUAAACAUUGUUUCUAAGAUUUGAGCGCACAGAUUAGUGUGGGUGGCUUUUAAAAAAAAAAAACGUUUUGUCCAAUCCAGAUUAGUUGGUCGCGUUCAUUAAUAGUCGCUAAAUGCGUGGGUUUAAAUAUAUAUAUAUAUAUAUAUAUAUACACAAUUGAGAGAUUAAAACGUAAAGGUUCGGGCAGAUAGCAUGCGGCCUUGUGUGGCUUGUGAUUUAAAAAAAAGAUAAUAAUAUUAAGACCGUCUCAAAAAAAAAUAAGCUGAAUAUUCGAGGGGACAGUAUUUUGACAGUAUUAAAAUUUACAAUCUGAAAAAUAAAGGGGAAAAUUUACUUAAAAAAAUGCAUUCUAUUUGUCCGCAAUUAUUAUUAGUAGCUUUUUAUUUUCACAAAAAAAAAACUUUAGGGACUACAAAUGCGGGAAAUAGAUAUUAGUGAAAAUAAUUAAACGUGUUUUGUUUUUUAUGACGAGAAUAAUCUCAAAGCGAGAUUCCCUUUUGCUGUGAAUGUAAACAAAAAAUCGUGGGAACCUUUACACUAUAUUAAAAAACCAAGAUAUUUGGAGAGGAGAAGGCCAGUUCUAAAAUUUUAUAAGUCAUUGUUUACUUUAAGAUAAAUCACCGCAUUCUCCUUAGAUUAUCACUCGAAAUAAAUAGAGCCAGUCACUUGCUAGAAGGAGUCAAUAGACGCCGGCGUUGGCCAUUCCAAGAAGCAUUUUGAAACAAGUUCUAUCAUCGACAAGGAAUUUUGUAAUUUUGAUACAUUUAUACCUCUUCCAAAUCCUUUAGAAUUUCUACUAAGCUGUCUAUCUUCUUCGAAAUAGUUUUUAAAUGCGUCUGUCUUCUUCCUAGCUCACGAGAGUGAGCGAAAUAGAUAUAUCGAUUAGGUCACACACUAGCCACAAAAGUUAGUCGAUAACACAAUGAGGGUAACGGUGCAACAUCAAAUGAAUAUAUUUUAAUACUUCACAUUUUUUACUUCCGAACGAUCAGGGCCAGUGGGGGGGGGGGAGAAGGCAAUAAUCGAUUUUGCAAAAUCGGACACAAAUCUCAUCCCUAGUCGAGGUAUUGCAAUAAUAUGCUGUAAGUCUGCUCAUUAAAACUGCCUUGGUACAUAAUUUUGUACAAUAUAUUAACAGUACAAAUACUAUUUAAGCUGAUACUAAAUUAUCUUGUAAGUAUUUUUUUUGUCAAAUAUAAAUUUUUAGCCUCGAUGUUUUAAAGGACGGAGCCCAUUCACAGCUGUGUAGCCUUAGAUUAAAAAAUAUAAAAUAGAAUUAAGCAAUAAGUACACUUAUUGAAAGACGUAUAAAGGCUAGUUUCGCUUGAGCGGGUGUAAAAGGUGCUUCAGUGUGUUGCCACUGGUGCUCUGUGUAAAUUUUAGGCUUCCCUUUUUAAUAUAUUAUUAUAAUAUUAAAGCCUCCUCUUAGGCCUCUUCCUACGAUCGAGGCCGUAUUUACAUAUUAUUAUAUGAUCCGUAAAUAAUCUUCCACGUUUUUAAUAUUAAGGUUUAUGAAGAGAAACGCAAUAAUUACAUUUUAGUAUUUUACCUGGCAACCCUCGAUUCACUAGUUUUAUUCUCAUUUACUAUGUAUUUUCAUGACCUUUUUUUCUUCUUUAUUAUUUGAAUCAUAUAUUUGUGAUGCAAUGUAAUAGUUUGGCCAAAAAUAAAGCUUAUUUAUUCGAGUA